AUUGUUUUUAUUCACAAUAUUUAUCAGUAUAUUGCUUCAUGUACUUGCUUCCAUUUCUCCAAAAUGUGAAAAAGUUUACUAUGUUCUUAUUUUAAUGGUUCAGUUUUUUUAAGAAACUGUUUGGUAUAUUGUUGUUCAAAAUUAUAGGGUCACAAAGACCCAACGUCUGUUUGGGCUCGUGUUGGUUCAGUCCGGACCACAACACCCUGCAAGUCUCCAUCAGCAUGCUCUUCAUCAUUUCCUGAUGUCCAUGCCUUGUGCGGAGAUGUUUUUGUGGAAGUUGGAUGUCGUCGUGUGCCAAUGGCUUAUCAGAGGAUACCAGAGUUAACAAGUGCAUUUAUGAUUAAGUAAUGCCACAAGAGAGGAAAUCCUGAGCACAUAGUUCAGAAUAAUGAAAAUCUCGAACACAAUGUUGACAUUUUCACACACUUUGACUCUUCUUUAUUAACCUCAGAACUUUUACCUAUAAAUGUCUCCAUCAUAAGAUCUUGUUUGCUUUCAAGUGACUUUCUUUAAAGCUUUGUCUCAUUUAAAGUUUUAGUUAUAUCUCUUUCUCUCCUGGCUCAUUCUCUACCAGCAUAAGGUGGCUCCUGAUCUGACCUGUACUCAGUACUUCCUUCUUCCCUUUCCUCUACUCUCUGGCAAUCACAGAGUCAGCACACCCUUGAGAACAGAUUCACCUCUAUUUAACCGAGUGAGUUGGCUGAUGAAUGCAAACUCUGCAAGACUGCCUGCUCCCCAGCACGCUCCAUCAAACCUCUCACCAGUCAUGAAUAUCAUCUGGGUGUGCAUCUCUUCACUUCUGGCAUUUUCUUUAGUUUUCUCUAUGCAAAACAAAAGCAACCUAGGAGUCUUCCCAACAACCAACCAGAGUAUAGCUGGUGUAAUCCAUGUGAGUUACCUAAACGACCAAAACCAGCUUCAGUAUGCCUUUAAUGCCUCUGAAGGCCGAAAGAUCUGUCAGUACCUUGGACUCAGCAUUGCAUCAAAAGCUCAGGUGAAGGAAGCUCUCAGCAGAGGUUUGGAAACAUGCAGGUUUGGAUGGACUGAUGAACAAAUUGCAGUCAUUCCCCGCAUCCAUGCACUGGGUAACUGUGGCCGAAACCAGACUGGACUGGUGCCAUGGCGAGCCUCUGUAACAUACCAGUUUGAUGUGUUCUGCUUCAAUGAAUCAGAUGCAUUAACACAAUUGAAGGAUACAGUAACUGAUGACCCUCUGAGCACCUCCGAGCACACUCACUCAGCAAACUCCACCCUCACAACUCAGUCUAUGUCCUACUCAUCCACCCAUCCUCCUUUCACUACAUCAACUCCUGAAACCAUGAAAAAUGAGGUGGACCCAGUUCCAUUUGUCAGAAGUGCACAAAGCUCUGCCAAAGCAAAGGUUGUGCUCAUUGCUUGCAUCUGUGGUCUACUCAUUACCACAAUAGCUGCUCUUGCAUACCUAAAACUGGGAAGGCACUGCUUGCGCUCUGACAAGAAGGAGCAGCAGCAGCAGCAAGAUUACAACCAGACAGAGGAGCGGAUACCUGUGAAGACUAUUACAGAAACUACUAACGAAGUUCUGGAGGAUCAGAGGAUAGAAGUGGACAGUGAUGCAGAAUAAACUUUUUUUGGGGGGAGGCAUAUGUACAUAUUUAAUUUAGUGUAAGCUGCUAUUCAGCGAUUGAUAGUAGUUUAGCCAAUAGAGGGACAUGUUUACAAUUAAAUAUUUUGAGGACUGGCAACUUUCUACUGUCAUAUCCUGAUGUUUUUAAACAAAACCAAAGGUGGAUAUCUUCCACAUUUUUUUACAGUAUAUCCUUUCAACAGUUUCCAGAACACAGAGGAAAUAUCACAUUUGCAUCUUAAUUGUCUCAACUGUCUGUGAAAAGACUUUUAAACCAUAUUAUCUCAUCUUUGGCAUUCAUUGCAUGCACUCUUCAGGAAAUGAAUUGUUAAGUACAAUAGAUUACACAUAUAGGCAUUACAGAAAAGGCAAUAACAUGUAUGAAUCAACUUCUCAAGUCUGACAUUUCUCAGGCUGAGCCUAACAUUUGAAAACAUCACAUUCAUUUAAGGUGCGCACCUUCAUCUAUUAUCAGGUCUAUUUUGCUUUGUGUUGCACUUAAAGACACAAUCUUUACAUUAACCAUCAGAGCUGUUGGCUUGUUUCAAAAUAAAGCUAACAGGUGAUAACAGA